AUGGCCGGGGCGGUAGCCGGCGGGGAGGACCGUACAUCGGAGCUGCUUCAACUACUCAACGACGUCGUAGUGGCCAGCAAAGGCUGCGGCGGCGGCGCCUUUAAGAAGGACUGCACCGAUCUGGUCCGCCGGAUUGCCCUCCUCACCCAUUUGUUUGAAGAGAUAAGGCUGUUUAAAGGCCGCGAAUUUGGACCGUUGGAUGCGUCCACUUCUUCCACGAAUUCCAGUUCGAGAGAAUCUUGGGCGUCUAAUCUGGUGGUGGCUCUCCAGGUCGCCAAGCGCCUCGUUUUGCUCGCCACCAACUUUACUUCCAAUUCUACCCCUUCCGUCCCCGUCAAUCACAAUGACGAGGCGAGCAAGAAGAUAAGCUUCCAAUUCCAAUGUGUGACGUGGAAAUUGGAGAAGGCGUUGGCUGACAUACCGUACGAUCAGUUCGAUAUCUCCGAGGAAGUUGAAGAACAGGUUGAGUUGGUUAGAGCCCAAUUGAGAAGAGCCAUAGAAAGAUAUGGGUCUGGUAUGAAGAUGUCAUUUCAUGGCCUCUCCCAGUCUCUGGUAGAGUCAGGCAAAUGGGUUUACGUAGAGAACAAUGCAAAGACGAUUGCCAGUAUUCCCAGAAGCUUUAGUGCUGAAUCUGCUGAUGAGAUGACCAUUCAUAAAACCCAAAGCUCAAGCAACUCCUGUGAGCCUCCUUCACUCUGCUCGGCCAAUGAAAUCCAGGUUGAUGGUCAGGAGGAUGAUAUUAAGAAGCCUGAUGCCACUGCAAUUCCUGAUGAUUUUAUAUGCCCAAUAUCUCUGGAAUUAAUGAGGGAUCCUGUUAUUGUGUCCACGGGUCAGACGUACGAGAGAUCUUACAUACAGAGAUGGAUAGACUGUGGGAACACAACGUGCCCCAAAACUCAGCAAAAGCUCCUAUAUUUGACACUAACUCCGAAUUAUGUUUUGAGAAGCCUGAUUACUCGGUGGUGUAUUAACAACAACAUAGGGCACCCCACCGAGUUAACAAACGGGAAGAUCAAGAAGAGUGAUGGAUCCUUCCGAGACAUUAGUGGAGACAUAGCAACCAUUCAAGCCUUGGUUCGCAAGCUCUCCAGUCGAUCAACUGAGGAGCGUAGAGCUGCUGCAACAGAAAUUAGAUCACUGUCCAAAAGAAGUACGGAUAACAGAAUAUUAUUAGCAGAAGCAGGUGCCAUACCAGUUCUGGUCAACCUCAUAACAACAGAAGAUGGAUUAACACAAGAGAAUGCAGUCACCUCCAUUCUCAACCUCUCAAUAUAUGAAAACAACAAGGGGCUUAUAAUGCUUGCUGGUGCUGUUCCUUCAAUUGUCCAAGUCCUCAGAGCCGGAAGCAUGGAAGUGAAAGAGAAUGCAGCGGCAACCCUUUUUAGUUUGUCACUUGCUGAUGAGAACAAGAUAAUAAUUGGUGCGUCCGGGGCAAUUCCUGCUUUGGUAGAGUUGCUUCAGAAUGGGAGCACCAGAGGGAAGAAGGAUGCUGCAACAGCACUGUUCAAUUUGUGCAUUUAUCAGGGUAACAAAGGCAGGGCUGUUCGGGCAGGGAUUGUCAAACCCUUACUGAAGAUGCUUAUUGAUUCAAGCAAUUGUAUGGUUGAUGAAGCUCUGACUAUUAUGUCUGUCCUUGCUAACCACCAAGAGGCCAAAGUCACUAUAGUGAAGGCUGGCACCAUACCUGUUCUGAUAGACCUAUUGAGAAGAGGUCUGCCUCGUAACAAAGAGAAUGCAACUGCCAUUUUACUUGCCUUGUGCAAGAGAGAUACCGAGAGCCUUGCCUGUAUAAGUAGGCUUGGUGCAAUCAUACCCUUGACAGAGCUCACGAAGAGCGGCACAGAGAGGGCCAAACGGAAGGCUACUUCAUUGUUGGUGCAUCUUCGAAAAUUACAGCAGCUAUGA